CCAGUGUCAGCCUCUCGGCGCGAGGCGGCGGCGGGAGGAGGAGCAGGGGCAGGGCUGUCAAAUUCGGGAGCCAGAUUUUUCCCCUUCCCCCGGCGAUCCCUUCCGCCUCCCCGGCUCCCGGCGUGACACCUCGGGCCGGGGACCUGCAUGUGUGCGUGCGCGCGGCGGCGGAAGAAUGGCAGUGCUCAAACUCACCGACCAGCCACCACUGGUCCAAGCAAUCUUCAGUGGUGAUCCAGAGGAGAUACGGAUGCUCAUCCACAAAACUGAAGAUGUGAAUGCUCUGGAUUCCGAGAAGAGAACCCCGCUUCAUGUGGCUGCAUUUCUGGGAGAUGCAGAGAUCAUUGAACUGCUGAUUUUGUCAGGAGCUCGUGUAAAUGCCAAGGACAAUAUGUGGCUGACCCCACUGCACCGAGCUGUUGCUUCCAGAAGUGAAGAAGCAGUGCAAGUAUUGAUUAAGCACUCCGCUGAUGUCAAUGCGAGGGACAAGAACUGGCAGACACCCCUGCACGUGGCAGCAGCCAAUAAGGCUGUCAAGUGUGCUGAAGUGAUCAUUCCCCUGCUGAGCAGUGUCAACGUCUCUGACCGAGGGGGCCGCACAGCCUUGCACCAUGCUGCUCUGAAUGGUCACUUGGAGAUGGUCAAUUUACUCUUGGCCAAAGGAGCAAACAUCAAUGCAUUUGACAAGAAGGACCGGCGUGCUCUUCACUGGGCAGCAUAUAUGGGCCACCUGGACGUCGUGGCGCUGCUCAUUAACCAUGGCGCAGAAGUGACAUGUAAGGAUAAGAAGGGUUACACCCCCCUGCACGCCGCAGCCUCCAACGGACAGAUCAAUGUUGUUAAGCAUCUCCUGAAUCUGGGGGUGGAGAUCGAUGAAAUCAACAUCUAUGGGAACACAGCACUUCACCUCGCCUGCUACAAUGGGCAGGAUGCUGUAGUUAAUGAGCUGACUGACUAUGGUGCUAAUGUGAACCAGCCCAACAACAGCGGGUUCACCCCUUUACAUUUUGCUGCGGCCUCCACACAUGGUGCUCUGUGUCUUGAAUUGUUAGUCAACAAUGGAGCAGAUGUUAACAUCCAGAGUAAAGAUGGCAAAAGUCCACUGCACAUGACAGCCGUCCAUGGGCGUUUCACACGGUCACAAACCCUCAUUCAGAACGGAGGUGAAAUUGACUGUGUGGAUAAAGAUGGCAACACCCCUCUCCAUGUGGCUGCAAGAUACGGUCAUGAGCUUUUGAUUAACACCUUAAUAACCAGUGGAGCUGACACAGCCAAGUGUGGAAUCCACAGCAUGUUCCCCUUACAUUUAGCUGCCCUAAAUGCUCACUCUGACUGCUGCAGAAAAUUGUUAUCAUCGGGACAAAAGUAUAGCAUAGUAUCCUUGUUUAGUAAUGAGCACGUGCUGUCUGCAGGCUUUGAAAUAGACACCCCAGAUAAGUUUGGAAGAACGUGCCUUCAUGCUGCUGCUGCAGGAGGUAACGUGGAAUGUAUAAAACUCUUGCAGAGCAGUGGAGCAGAUUUCCAUAAAAAGGACAAAUGUGGCAGGACCCCUUUGCACUAUGCAGCUGCAAAUUGUCACUUCCACUGUAUUGAGACAUUAGUAACCACAGGGGCCAAUGUUAACGAAACAGAUGACUGGGGACGGACAGCCUUGCACUAUGCUGCUGCAUCAGACAUGGAUAGAAAUAAGACUAUCUUAGGAAAUGCCCAUGAAAAUUCAGAAGAACUUGAAAGAGUCAGAGAGAUGAAGGAAAAGGAAGCUGCACUAUGUCUAGAGUUUCUGCUUCAGAAUGAUGCAAAUCCGUCUAUCCGGGACAAGGAAGGUUACAAUAGCAUACAUUAUGCUGCUGCCUAUGGCCACAGACAGUGUCUGGAAUUGCUUUUGGAAAGAACCAGCAGUGGUUUUGAAGAAUCAGAUUCCGGUGCUACCAAGAGUCCCCUCCACUUAGCUGCCUACAAUGGGCACCACCAAGCCUUGGAAGUUCUACUGCAGUCUCUGGUGGACCUUGAUAUCAGGGAUGAGAAAGGCCGCACUCCUCUGGACCUGGCUGCCUUUAAGGGACACACAGAGUGUGUGGAAGCACUUGUCAAUCAGGGUGCAUCCAUCUUUGUGAAAGACAACGUAACCAAAAGAACCCCACUUCAUGCCUCAGUAAUUAAUGGUCACACACUGUGUUUGCGGCUGUUACUAGAAAUUGCAGACAACCCAGAAGCAGUUGAUGUGAAAGAUGCCAAAGGACAAACCCCACUGAUGCUUGCAGUAGCAUAUGGACACAUUGAUGCUGUCUCGUUGUUACUUGAAAAGGAAGCCAAUGUCGAUGCUGUUGACAUUAUGGGAUGCACGGCUUUACACAGAGGGAUUAUAACGGGACACGAGGAAUGUGUGCAAAUGCUGCUGGAACAAGAAGUGUCGAUUCUCUGUAAAGAUGCCAGAGGGAGGACACCCUUGCACUAUGCAGCUGCUCGUGGCCAUGCCACCUGGCUGAGCGAGCUACUCCAGAUGGCACUUUCUGAGGAGGACUGUUCUUUCAAGGAUAAUCAAGGCUACACGCCAUUGCACUGGGCUUGUUACAAUGGUAAUGAAAACUGUAUAGAGGUACUUUUGGAGCAAAAAUGUUUUCGUAAAUUUGUCGGUAAUCCUUUUACUCCACUGCACUGUGCAAUAAUAAAUGAUCAUGAGAAUUGUGCAUCAUUGCUACUUGGGGCUAUUGAUUCCAGUAUUGUCAAUUGUAGAGAUGACAAAGGCAGGACACCGCUCCACGCAGCAGCAUUUGCUGAUCACGUGGAGUGCUUGCAGCUUCUCCUGAGACACAGUGCUGAAGUGAACGCAGUGGAUAAUUCAGGGAAAACGCCACUGAUGAUGGCUGCUGAGAACGGUCAGGCAGGCGCUGUGGAUAUUUUGGUGAACAGUGCCCAGGCUGAUCUGUCUGUAAAGGACAAGGACUUGAACACACCCUUACAUUUGGCUAGUAGGAAAGGUCAUGAAAAAUGUGCCUUGUUAAUACUUGACAAGAUACAAGAUGAGAGCCUUAUUAACGCAAAAAAUAGUGCACUGCAGACGCCUCUCCACAUUGCUGCACGCAACGGCUUAAAGGCUGUAGUUGAGGAGUUGCUGGCCAAAGGGGCCUGUGUCCUCGCUGUUGAUGAGAAUGCUUAUAGGUCAAAUGGACCCUGUUCCGCACCUGGAAUAGCUGUACAAAAAGAAGAAUGAGACUCUUUAAAAGUCAUGCACACACAUACACACUUAUAUGUGGAUAUCUAUGUCUGUAGUUCAUCAACCAGCUACACACGAGGACCAAAAUUCUUCAGUCUAAAAUGGACAAUUUAAAUUGUUUUCCUUCAAAAUGAAAGUAACUGAGGUAAAUUUUCUGUGGCGUUAAAAUGUAAUUCUCUGUGGAACAUUCUUUGUUGUAUUUUGUAUUUCUUAUGAUACAGAUUUCUAGUUGAUGGCUUAACAUUUAUAGUUCAUGGUGAGUUGCACAGGGUUUUUUUUUCCCGAGCAAGAGAAAAAUGUUUGUAUAAUUUUGAUGUGUAAAUGUGUUUAUAUUUAUUUGAGAUAAAAAAAAAAAGGCUAAGGAAACACCCAUCGUUUGUUCUCUGUUUUAAUUGCUAUGUGUCUUAUUUGGAAUAACAAAAAAUACACAGCACCCUCCCUGGGGUAGCCAGCAGUUCUGGGACCAAGCCCAGCAUUUCCAAUGUUAAGGUUUCCAGCCGACCCUCAGGUUCUUCCAUGUGUCCAUUGGAGAGGGCGGCAAUGCAUCUCUCAGUCCCCGUCUAGUGAUUUAAAGGUGAGUUGAAGAUACUGCAGUCCUUACGUGCUGUGCCAUAAAAGCUGAAACAGAAAUUAUCUAAAAUACACUGAAAAUCUCACAUGGUCUCAAUAAUCUAGUAGGAAACUAUGUCAAUGUGUGGGCACAUAUGCCAAAAAGAGAAAUAAAAAUCACCAGCUCAAGUCUGUUUUCCACUUAAGAGACAGGAAAGAAACAUGUUGCGUUGGGGCGGUACUCUCUGAUAUUUUAUAAUUGGUUCCAUUUUCAACUGUGGAAGUUUCUAUUUUAUAGUGUAUGUGAGCUAUUUUUAAAACAGUGUUCUAUUAUAUCUGAAUCAAAUACAGAUAUUGUAUUAUAUUUUUAACUGUAAAAGAGUAAUCUUACUCAAUAUCCUAGAUUUAAUUAAAAACUCACGUCAAGUUCUUCAUAAAUGAGAACUUACUCAAAGGACUUACAGAGUUGGUAUUAAUUUCAUUGAAGAUUUUUCAACACCACCAACAUUGUUUUUUUAAUUCUUAGUGUUUUGGUCUCCUUCUUCCCCUGCCCUUUUCAUUUGUUUAGAGGUUUUGUUUUUUUUUUUAAAGUAGAUAAAUUGCUAAUAAGCAAUAAUGUCCUUAUCUUUACCAAAACACUGAAAAUAAGGGAGAUUCAUUGCUGAAGAAGCACAAUAUACUGCAGUGUCUUUUUCCUAGAAGUGAAUGGAAAUCUUGCUCAGUUGGUGGUUAAAGCAGGAAAUGAAAUGCCUGCUUUGAUGGUGAAGUAGCAAUAAUGGUUCUCCUGUAGAGUAACGCAGAAAACAAGGAACAGCACUGCAAAGCACAGACAACCAUGUGAUGUUUUCUUCAUGGAGCUUCACUUUGACAUCCCCCUUACACCCACCCCCCCACUUUCUUACUGAUAGAAAGGGGACAAACAAAAUGAAAUUCUAUUCACUAUGAACUGUUCUCUCCCCACCUCUUUUUCUCCCUCCCACUUACCAAAACCAAAUUUUUCCAUUAAAAGAUGACUUAAAACUAAGAGUUCUGUACAUCUCAGAAACGAAAUUAGACUUGCAGCAUAAUUUUUCAAGGAAAAAACCAGAAAGCAUUGUUUUUAAUUGAGAAUUAACUGUUUUGUGCUUUCAACUAAUUGUGUUAUUUUUAGACUGUAUUUUCAUCACAGCCACAGGGAUCAUUUUUCAUUGCACUUACCUAUUUGCCAGUGUCUGCCUAUCCUUGGUAAAUACAUUACUAUCUCCAAAUUGCCUAAAAUCUGCUAUGAUUCUACAGUAAAUAGCUCAGGGGAUUUCUAUUUAUCACUACUAAAAGGGCACCAUAGUAUGUUUUGGUACUUUAGGCAGUAAGCAGCUGCUUGAUUUAUUGUUUUAUUAUUAAAUUAGAAAAAGAACAUCAAAUCGAUUUGCUGCACUAGUUAACUCUGUACUGUUGAGCAACUUCGUUUGCUUAUCUGUUGCAUUGGUUAAAGAAUUCAUCCCUUUUUGUCUUGUAAUGAAGUUAGAGUGCCUUUUUAUAUUUGUAUAUUCUGAAAAUGUUCUGUGAAAUGUUUUGUAUUUUUUUCAUUUGAGUGUUAUCAGAGCAAUAUACCAGUGAGUUUUCGUUUCAACUUUCCUUUGAAUGUAUAAAGGUUUGUUUCUUUUUCCUAAUUCCCCUUGACCUGCUUUGAGAUGGAAAUGCUAAAGUUUUUAUUGGAAUUAUGUUCAAUUUUGCAGUGCUAAAAUGCUUUCUUCUUACAAAACUGUAAACCAUAGAUCAGUGUUAUAGAGGAAAGUCGUUUUAAGAUAGUGACAAUCUGAGUGUGUGUAUAAAAUGUAAUUCUAUGCGUUUCUUAUGCAGUGAUCUAAAAAUUCAAUGCAAAUAUCUUUUGUUUGGUAGUUUUGUCUACAUAUUUUAUGCUUUAGCAUGUGCAAUAUAUCUUUGCAAUGCACGAUGACACAAAUCUGGUGCCAGUGUUAUAUUUUGCAUAACAUAUUUGUAACAGCAUAAAAUAUUGUUUGAUGAUUUCGGUGGGAUUUUGUCUGUGAUGUUUUUUUAUGUAAAUUGGAGUUCAAUGACUCUGGUAAAUGUCAUGACUGUAAAAAUGAGGUAAAUGACUUUUAGUUCAAUGAAUGACUUUGAACCAAUUGAAUCUUCUCAAGCACAGUUUAAUACUUUUUCAACUACUGAAUGCUAAUAAUAUAAUGAAGUACUUAACUGUAAUAUAAAAUGGAAAUGCAUUCAGAUGGUUAUUUUUACAAAUAAAAACGGUACAAAUA